AUGGAAUUUUCCAUGAUUUUCAUUGUUAGCAACACUCUGCUGCUUCUCAGUUCAUCAGCAUUUGCAAAACAUGCUAGUCCUCCUCCUCUGAGCCCAACACCAGCACCAGCUCCAGCACCGGACUUUGUGAACCUCACUGAAUUGCUCACUGUUGCUGGUCCAUUUCACACCUUCCUUGGUUACCUUCAGUCCACCAAAGUGAUUGACACUUUCCAAAACCAAGCCAACAACACCGAAGAAGGAAUUACCAUCUUUGUACCAAAAGAUAAUUCCUUCUCUUCUUUGAAGAAACCUUCUCUAUCCAAACUCACUGAUGACCAGAUAAAGCAAGUGAUCCUUUUCCAUGCCUUGCCACAUUUCUAUUCUCUAUCUGACUUCAAAAACCUUAGCCAAACCAGCUCCACUCCCACAUUUGCUGGUGGGGAUUACACUUUGAAUUUCACUGAUGAUUCGGGGAGUGUCCAUCUUACUUCAGGAUGGUCAAAGACCAAGGUUACCAGUGCUGUUCAUGCCACAGAUCCUGUUGCAAUAUAUGAAAUUGACAGGGUCCUACUUCCUGAGGCCAUUUUUGGCACUGAUAUACCUCCAACUCCUGCUCCUGCACCGGCACCUGAAGUUGCCCCUGCUGCAGAUUCUCCAAGUGCACAAAGUGCAGAGAGCAAAUCAUCUUCUCCAUCAGCUACCCCUGAUGGUUCCUCUUCUUACAGGAUCAUCAGCUAUGGCAUCUGGGGCUACCUUGUCUUGGCAACUUUCGGUGUGCUGGCCCUCUUGUAAUUGGAAAUCUAUUGAAUAUUUAAUUUAGAUUAUGUUUAUGUAUCUACAUUUGGUGCAUUUGCUUUGAUUUGAAUCCAUUUUUUUGAACAUAAGUGUUAUUCAAUAUAUGAAUG